AUGCCUCCAAAAACAAUCCUCAUCAAUAUUGAAGGUCCCCCCCGCCUCCACCCCCCCCCCAAAAAAAAAAAAUUCAGCCAGUUAACAAACCUAGGAACCAUCUGUCCAAUAACCUUCGUAAAAGAGAUCCUAUUCCCCUACGCCCUUGCCGCCCUCCCGGGCUACCUCUCGAAAAACUGGACCACGACAAACCCCCUGAUAGCUGCUUUCCCCAUAGCCAACACCACGACCCCCGCAGCCCUCAUCAAUUAUGUACAAGCACAGACAAUCCAGGAUUCCAAAUCCCCCGCUUUAAAGGCCCUCCAGGGCCACCUCUGGCGGGCCGGGUACGAGUCCGGAGAACUCGUCGCCCCGAUUUACCCCGAUGUGCUCCCGGCUGUACGCGCAUGGCGCUCGCAGACUCCCCGUGCUGUGAGGGUGUACGUGUAUUCCAGCGGGAGUGUUAGGGCCCAAGAGUUGUUUUUUCACUACUCGUGCGAGGGGGAUGUUAGGGGGUUAUUCGAUGGGUUUUUCGAUACGAGGGUUGGCGCGAAGGUUGAGGCGGAGAGUUAUCGGAAGAUUCUGAGAGAGUGUGAAGAGGGGGGGGAGGGGGAGGGCUGGGUCUUUUUGAGUGAUCAUGUUGGGGAGGUUAGGGCUGCUAUGGAGGCUGGGAUGAUUGGUGGGGUUGUCGUGCGUGAGGGGAAUGCGCCACUUAGUGAGGAGGAUAAGGUGGGAAUGUGGGUUAUUGGGGGAGGAUUUACAGAGGUUACGGAAAAGUUGUUUGCUGAAUAGGUGGAGUCGGUGGGGUAUAUUUCCCUUCCCACAGGGUGGUAGUGAUGCGCUAUCAAUUGCGAGUGGCAGUGUUACCGAGUGACUCUACGUGAACAACUACUCC